UCAACAAACCCGCACAUUUGCCAGCCGCAGCAAUGUUGCGAUCCUCAAUUGCGGCACCGAUAGGACCCUACCGACUACGACGAUGGUCACAAAUAUGGGCAGGAAUGCAGCGGCGUCCUUGAUCCCCAGCUGGGAAUCUGGUGGCAUCUGCCGUAUGUACUACCAUAUGUGUGGAUGCGCACAGGAGCAAACCAGUGCCGACCAUCCGUCCUAUUAUUCCGUUCAUCGCAACUGCAGGGCCCUUGACGACCAGUCAGUGCCAGGCACAACUUACACGAGGAGCCCUAGAGGCUCUCACAACAGCAUUGUUUUCAGGAGGGGAGAACCGUGGAACCACGGGACCUUCAGGUUCAGGAUUAACGGAUCACCAGCCACCACGUGGGUCCAGUGUCGGAGCGAUGUUGUCGGCGUGUUUAUACAAACCGAUUCGCGUCUGUCUUUGUAUAAUCCGUACACUGCGCCAUCUCAUUUCGCAACCGUAGUCGCCUUGACUGGUCUUUGCUUCAAGCCCUCCUCACCUUCCCAAAAAUACGCUUUGGCCUCGUUUGCGAAUCCAAACUGUUCUGUUUGUAACUGGAGUCACAUGGAUACUUGCAUAGGUAUGUGAGUAUCCAUAUGGUGAGUGCCUACCUAGGUAGUGUAGGUAAACGUGUUAAUAGAUG